AGUUGGCCGUUUGAAGCUGCCGCGGGUUGUGUGUUGUUGUCUGGUUGAUAUGGACAUCUUCGCCGUCCAACGGUUUCUUACAAAAGAGUCAUAUCGGCUCUUCAGCAGGCUGUUUGCAUAGAUUAUGUAUUGGUUAAAAUAGUUUGUGACGGCGUACAGUUGGUCAUGGAAACCCAUGGAAGCUGCGUGACUUUGGUGGUGCAGCCCUUGUUUGACAGUGCUGCUGCUGCUGUGAAUGCCGCCUCUGCUAGUUCUGCUGCGUCUCUUCCGGCGGGCAGCUCCAGUGGUGUGCUGAAGCGUCACGUGGCCAGGAGAGGCCAGGGCUCACAGGGUCACGUGGUGCUGAGUCCCAAUGAGGAGAGUCAGUUGGCUCAGGAGGAACUGCAGCGCAGACGCAAGCUAAGACUACAACAGGUGCGUGAGCAGGAGAGGUACCUGGCGGUGUGUGUUCGUCAGCGCGUGCAGAAGCGCCGUGGGCAUCAGGAGGUGGAGCUAACUCAGCAGCUGCAUGAUGAUUGGACGAGGCGUCAGCAGCAGAGAACAGACACACUCUCCCAGACGCUCACAGACACACUCAACACCCUAGGCCAAGCACACACCAGCGCCAAGGAGAAUGAGCCAGACUGGGAGGGUCUUGCCCAGAAGAAAGCGGACCAGAAGAGGAGAGCAGAACAGAGACACACCCACGCCCUGCAGGAGUUACGCACACAUACACACACUCAAGAGCAGGAGAGCACACGGCAUAUCGAGGCGAGGAGGAGAGCGCUUGAGAUGGAGAAGGAGCGAGCAGCCAAAGUGGCGAAUAUGCCAACACGACCAGACCCACUACAGUGUGUGUUGCAGCCCCAGAAGAAGAAGUCCACUGUGUUGGAGCAGAUGUCAUCUCACACACUCACACCCUCCCCGUCCCUACACACACACAUACACCCUGAAGCUACUGUGGAAACACACACCGCACAGGCUGAUGCUGUGGAGGCGGGGCAGGAGGAAGGCAGGCGAUUAGAGCGUCUGGAGGAGGAAGUGGCGCGUGAUAGGCUGGAACAGCAGGAGAAGGCACGGCUUAGAGGAGAACACGCCCUCAAGAAGGAACUCCACUUACAGGAGCGUCAGCGCAUGUUGUUGGAUCUUCAUAGAAUCCAGAAAGCUGAUUGGCUGAGGAGGAAACGAGCUCUUCACCAAGCCCCGCCCACACGGAUAACACACACACACCCAACACAGACCACUCACGCACACCCAGUCACACACACACACCCAGCUCACACACAAGCCACCACACACACAGCAGAGUGCGAUGAGGAGCGGCAGAUAGCGCUGGAACACGCCUUCCAAGACCUCUACACCACGGAGAGAAGGGUGAAGGGUGACCUGGUUCUGCAGCUGGUCCCAGAGCCCCUCCCAGCUCCCUCCCCCAGUAACCACGACGACCACCUGGAGACCACCCUCCAACCUGCCCCUGGUUACCAUAGUGAAGAGCUGGAGGUGACACUGGAGUCUGAAGAUGUCACGCUGGAGGGGGAGGAGCAUCCAGAGGAGGCGGCACCUGUAGAGGUCGAGGUGGGGACUUCAGAAGCAUCCAGCCAAUCCCACGGGUUGAGCCGGUUGCUGCAGCGUAUUCGCACUCAGAGAGAUCACUGGACUUCAUGUCAUCAAGCGGCUAUGACAACCCAACCCAGCGAUGGAGGCGUUACUAUGGCCACCCAGCCCAGCGAUGAAGCCGUCCUUACGACAACCGAGCCCAUCGAAGUUGUUACUACGACUACCCAGCUUAGAGACCAAGCUAUCAUUAUGACAACACAGCCUAGUGAUGAGGUUGCUACAGCAACACAGCCCAGCGAUGAGGUUGCUACGGCAACACAGCCCAGCGAUGAGGUUGCUACAGCAACACAGCCCAGUGACGAGGUUGCUAUGAGCCUGGAGAGCGGACUGAUGAGCACAGACAGCCUGGACACAGGGCUGAGAGAGGACUCUGCUUCAGCAGCAGAGCAGGUGUGUCCAUCUGCAGACCCCCAUGUCGUCCGCUUGCAGCAAUACCAGCAGCAGCUACUGGAGCAGAACAGGCGCCACAGGCAGUGUGUUGACGAGGCUCGGCGGCGUCUGGACGAGUAUCAGAGAACUCUGACCCUCAGACACCUGGCAGUCGGCAUAGCAGCACCCUCCUCUGUUACUAUGGCCACCACUGUGACACGCCCCCCUGUAGCCAUAGUAACGAGCGCAACAACUCCACCUGUUGCUGUGGAGACCAGCACCACAGACACUCCUGUAGCUAUAGCAACCCCUGACAACUCGGACAUCAGCACGACCGGACCUGCACAGACACACACCUCUCAGCCUCAUACACACACACCAGCAGACAAACGCACACAGGCCGACACACACUCCCCCACACACACACCACCAGACAAACACACACAGCCCUACACACACACCCCCACACACACACCACCAGACACGCCACCACUCCACCCUGCCCCCGCCUCUCCUGAUGACAUCACACACAGCUCUGUCUCCGACUCCUCCCCUGCUCCCUCUCAGGUCCUCUUGGGCCCGGACGGAGGGGCAGAGUCAACAGGGGGUGUGUCUGCGGGAGUGGGGGGCGUGGCUCUACCUCCUGCUGUGGUGGUGCUGGAACUACUGAGGAGCAGAAGACAACAACAGGUGAGUGACCCGCAGUGUGGCUCCCUGAUGUCGGUGCUGCUGAGAGCCAUCCAGGACUCGACCAAUCACAGCGCUCACAUCUCCCAACCAGCCAAUGACACCGCUUGCUCCUCUCAGCCAACCAAUCACACGCCUUCAUCUCUCCAGGCGGCCAAUCAGAGCAGCCGCAGAGCGCCCGCUGUCCCGCCUCCAGCCCAUGCAUUGCGUGAUUGGCAUCAGCUGAGUGCCAUUCUGGAGGUAGACACGCCCCUCAACUCCACAGUCCGGGAGGAGUCCAUGCUGGGUUUGGAGGACACCAGCAGUGUUUCGCUGCCCCCUCACACACACACUGACACACACUCCGACACACACACACACUCUGGCCAGAGCAGCGAGGAGAGCCAGCUGUCACACACACACUCACACUCUGCACAACGCACACUCACAACACCACACACAUACUCCGGAAGAGCCAGCCGCCUGUCAUGGAGAGACACACUGCGCCUCGCCUCUGCAGGUGUGCUUCCUGACCCCGUCCAGCUCCCUGGUUCCGCCCCUGAGGUGGAGUCUCCUGUUGAUGGUGGCUUCAGCUUCAGCACAUCAGUGUCCACCGGCAGCUACAACACACACACCGCAACAGACUCCUCCUCUUCUGGUCGAGGUGGGGGCGUGACCUCUAGUGAUGAGGCGUUGCCUGGCGACCGGGCGGAGAGAGUGAUCGAGCGCCAUCGCAUGGACCUGCUGCACUCCCUCACACACACAGGGUGCCGCUCCUGGGCUGAACUGCUACACACUCAGGAAGAGGACGAGGAUCCAUCAGUGAAGAGCAGAGCUGCUUCAGACACAUCACACUCAUCAGGCGUGUUUCUGCCUCUGCAGCCUCAAUCCGACACCUCUCUCUUAUCAUCAUCACACCUACAAAGAGACCAGGAGUGGGAUGUCCCAGCCAUGAGCCGCAUCAUUGGCCAGCUGUCGCGUCUGUCUUCCACCAGCAGCCAAUCAAAUCUCACGCUGCCACAGCAUUCUUCCACCAUCCUCCAAUCAGACCACACGAUGCCUCAUUACAUCUCUACCAGUAACCAGUCAAAUCUCCCCCUCCCCCAGCUUUCCUCUACCUCUGACCAAUCAAACCUCACGCUGCCACAGCACAUCUCCAGCACCUACCAAUCAGAUUUCACGCUGCCUCAUCACGUGUCCAGCAGCAUCCAAUCAGAUUUGAGCAUGCUGAGUGGCCAGCAGGUCAGCCUAUCAUCUGAGUCUCUGGCUGGUGGGCGGAGCAUGGAUGAACUCUCCUCUCACCUGAUUGGUGAGGAGUCCAGCGGUCUCCAUAGUAACGGCAGGAGUGGUUGUGGAGUGCUGCAGCCCAUUGGUCAGCUGGCGCAGCAAGAGCCUCCUCAUUGGCUGGCGGACAAGGCAGAGAUGGGAAGCUGUCUCCCGAUUGGCCAGGACCCAACGCUACAGGUCACACCCCCUGACAAUACGCAGCACAGCUCAGAUUCCUUCCACCCGUUGGAGGCGGAGUUAACACUGGGCCACCUUAGUUCUGAAGGAGAUGACCCCGCCCUCUUCAGAUCAGACCCCGCCCAGACCUCCCAGCAUGCUUUGCAGGUCUCCUUGCUGCAGCCGCCCAGCCCCCUCACCCUCGACCAAUCACAGAGCAGCGCCCUCUCCCUGUCUGGUCACGCCCACAGCGCACAGCUCAGCCAAUCAGAAAUGACCAGCCUUCCCCUGUGGGAUCGCAUCAUGGAGGUUGGGAGUGGGCGGGGCAUCCUAGAGGAGUCGAUGCUCUCAUUGGUCAGCUUGAGUGAUGUCACACUUCAAAGCCUACAGCAGGAAGAAGAGGAGGAAGACACACUCACGCCCACACACACACCUACCCCACAAACACACAACAUACAGGACUCUCACACACAUCCCUCAGACUUGCAGGAAGAGAAGCACACACAUGCGUCCCCUUCCAGCAUGCUCACACACACACAGUGCACACACACACAGCAGACACUUCAGCAGGACGCCCAGAUAGCACUGGCCCAGGUUCCCACAACAGACCUACAAAGUGACCCUGCAGCACACCUAGUAGGAGGAGAAUGUGUUCUGAAACGGGUGGAAGAGGUGAGGAUCAGUCCAGAGCACACACCCAGGUUUUGUGAGCAGAUAGAGGAGGUGAGACUGAAGAAGGAAUUACAACAUCGCCGAGCAGCACACGCUCUACAGCAGAAGACUCUACAGAAGCUCCGAGCCAAACACAAACCCUGAUACAUAGACACACUGCUGGGGAUAUUCUACUGAUCCACUGAGUAGACCACAGUACACCUCUCUCUCUCUCUCUCUCUUGGACGCUUUCCACUGUAAUCUUUUUUUAAAUGUUAAUAAAGGAUUUUAUUUAAAUAUA